AUGCCAUUAGGUCCUCCUUCUUCGCCUACCAGAUCUUUGGUGAACACCGAAGCUGCUGCUCAUAAUACUACAGAACCCUACAUGAGCUCAUACAACUCUCCAUCUGAUGCUGCACGAUCUACAGCGACAGUGGAAAGCAGUCCGUAUCAAGCCAACUCCGUUCAUGCUGCCUCUGCAAAUGUAGCGUCGUCCAAUGUAGCAUCUGUAGAUCAGCCAUCAUAUCAUAUGCGCCGCACCUCUGAGACACCACCUCCGCCUCAGUUACCUUUACUGCAAUCAAGUAACUCACCCAAUUACUCGAGGUCAAGGACACCUACUGAUGCAGCACCUAGUAACAUUGCAGUUCCUGAAUCCAUAAGCAGCAACAUGCCAGCCAACAAUGCGGCAGUACCAUCGGAAAACCAUAGUGCCCCGCCUAAUCCAGAGAAAUCACCCAAUGCUACAGCAACAACAACAACAACAACAACAACAGCAGCAGCAGCAGCAGUAGCAGCUAGCAAUUCAUCCAGUGGCUAUCGUCCGCUCAACGUCAAAGAUGCAUUGACUUACUUGGAUCAAGUCAAGAUGAAGUUUGCUGAUCAAGCCAAAGUGUACAAUCGAUUUUUGGAUAUCAUGAAGGAAUUCAAGAGCCAAGCGAUUGAUACACCUGGCGUCAUCGAGCGAGUCUCCACAUUGUUCAGAGGUCAUCCAGCAUUGAUAUCUGGAUUCAACACAUUUCUUCCACCUGGCUAUCGCAUUGAAUGUUCCACAGAUGCCUAUGCUAGAGACAUUAUCAAGGUAACGACACCCACAGGCACUACCAGCACAACGAGUGGCGAACCGCUUAAUCUACACUCUGAGAAUGCAGCAACCCUUUACUAUAGCCAUCAGCAACAGCAGCAACAGCAACAACAGCAGAGAACACCAGCACCUACGCAAGCUUAUCCAAAUAGUAGUUAUCGCAAUGCGGGUGGUUCUUUACCACCAAUCGCUACCUACCAUCCAUCACAACAGCCUUUGCAUCAUUCACAACGCUCGUCUGUGCCACCACCUUCUUCUUCUAGCGCGGCUAUGCCAUCUUCUCAGUCAUCACACGCACAUCGAUCCAGCUCACCUCCUCCACCCUUGUCAGCAACAACAACAUCCAACAACACUGCGGGGGAUGACCAUGGCACGCGUCGAGCUCCUGUUGAAUUCAAUCAUGCUAUCAACUAUGUCAACAAGAUCAAGAAUCGAUUCAGCAACGAUCCCGAGACGUAUAAGCAGUUUUUGGAGAUUCUUCAAACAUAUCAAAAGGAACAAAAGCCCAUUCAAGAAGUCUAUGCCCAAGUGCAAACACUGUUCAAUGGGGCCACUGAUCUGUUGACUGAAUUUAAGCAAUUCUUACCUGAUACGUCACAGCAAGCACCCGUUAUCGAAUCCACCACGACCCUUACCAAAAAGACAAGCAAGAAACAACGAGCUUUACCUCUUCCACCCAAACAAAAGAAAGCCAAAUUACAGCACCACAGCACAGGAGGUUCUAUAGCCAGCAUAGCGAACCGCAUGGAUCAUCACAUGAUCACGUCAGACAUUCGUCGAUCGCCUCUUGUUUUACCACCCAGUGCACCUGUCGAUGGACCCAUUAUAUCAGCAGUAGAGGCAGAGUUCUUUGAUCGCGUCAGGAAGCACAUUGGCAACAAGCAGACCUACCUCUCGUUCCUGCGUGUGCUCAAUCUGUUCACUCAACAAGUGCUGGAUGCAAACCAGUUGAUUGAACGUUGUGAAUCGUAUCUGUCUGGCAAUAAGGAGUUGUAUCAUCAGUUGAAGAAGCUGGUAGGGUAUGAUGGCAAAGAUCGUAUUAUUGAAAAUGUGCCUUUGGUGUCCUCCAAGUUGGACUAUGGCGCUGCUUAUGAAUAUGGUCCCAGUUAUCGAUCUGUACCCAAACAUUGGCAAUCUCAAAAGUGCUCUGGAAGAGAUACACUCUGUUGGGAAGUGCUGAACGACGAGUAUGUGUCCCAUCCCACGUGGGCGAGCGAAGAUGGCGGAUUUAUUGCAUCCAAAAAGAAUGUGUUUGAGGAAGCACUGCACCGUGUGGAAGAGGAGCGAUACCACUAUGACUUGGACAUUGAAGCCAACCUCAACACCAUCUCACUGUUGGAACCCAUCAACAAGAAGAUUGCGUUGAUGACGGACGAGGAAAAGAACGAUUUCAAAGUGUCUCCUGGGCUUGGCGGCCCUUCCAAAGCCAUCUAUCAACGCGUGCUUAAAAAGAUAUAUGGCAAUCAAACAGGCGCCGAAGUCAUUGACAUGCUGCAUAACAGUCCAGCACAUGCAGUGCCCGUGGUGUUGAAGCGUCUCAAACAAAAGGACGAGGAGUGGAGAAGACAGCAGCGUGAAUGGAACAAAGUGUGGCGAGAGAUUGAGAGUAAAAACUAUUACAAGGCGCUGGAUUACCAAGGUGUCAUCUUCAAGACAAACGACAAGAAGAACAUGAGCAUCAAGCAGCUGGUGAACGAGAUUGAAGCCAUUCACCAUGAUCAGACAGAGACGCAAGAACCUCAACUCAAGUAUCAGCUCAAGAACAAGAAGGUGUUUAAAGAUGUUACCCGCGUAUUGUACAGCUACUUUGAGCGCCAAACAACGUAUGGACAUGAGGAUUGUGCCGUGAUGAAGGCGUUUAUUGAGAUGUUUUUGCCUGUGUUUUUCGAUGUGCCUGAUGUGCUACCUGAAAAGGAGCCAUCGCAGGAUAUUAUGCUGGAUGACGAAGACGAAGAUGUAGACGACGAUGUGGAUGGAGACGAUGCAGAUGACGAUGACGAGGACAAUGACACACAACAUUCAUACGACUCUUCCACAGACUCCAGGUCCACCAAACGAGGAUAUACACGCCGCAAUGGCAGAAGAUCGCCUCGACAUAAGCCCAACGAUGAAGAUCAUCAAAAACUGCUCAAAGACGUGCUCACCAAGAAGCUGAAAUCCAUCACAGAGACCAAAACAGGAGCAGCAGAACCCAAAAUACAGCAAUUGCCAGCAGAGGAGGAAGAGGAGGAGGAUGUUGCGAUGGCGUAUCCAGACAGGGAGCAAAAGAUUUACAACUUGUUUGGCAACACCACAUUCUACUGCUUCUUCCGCCUAUUCCAAGUGUGCUACGACCGUCUCUACCAAAUGAAACAACUCGACAGAGCGUACAGAACCAACGGCCCUGAAGCCAAAGCUCUCACCAAAGCGGCGUUGGACCUCCAUGUAACCGGCAAAGACUACAAUGGGGUGCACAUGGACUUUAAGAGGGGAUAUUACCAAGCACUGCUGAAGCUGAUUGACCGCUAUUUCGAUGACGCCUUUGACCAAACCAUGUUUGAAGAGUGCGCGCGGUACAUCUUUGGCAACAAGGCGUACGUGUUGUUCACCAUUGAUAAGCUCAUGCAAUCCAUCAUGCGCCAACUGCACCAAAUUGUCACGGAUAUGAAGGCACAAAAGAUUCUGUCCUUUUUCAAAAAGAACCAUGAACACGAAAAGAGCACACCAGAGCUGAUACAAGCGUAUCGAUCCGAAGUGGCAGAUGCCUUGGGACAAGACGACAAGUUGUACAAUUUAGCAUUUGAUACCUUGAAGCGCACAUUGUACAUUCAGCUGCUGCAGAAGCAGGACAGGACCUUUGGAUUGAAUGAUAUGGAUGUAUAUACCGAUUAUGUAGCUCAUUAUACCAACUGGGAUGUUGAUACACCUGGUAUUGAUCGAAAGGCAUUGUCCAAACGAUUCCUGAGCAGAAAUAUCGUUCAUCAAGCUGAUACAGACUUUACUGUGAAAUCAAGCCUCGAGUACAAGAUUUGUCGCAGCACAUACCAUCUGUUCUACGUGACAGGCGAGGAUGCCUUUGUGCGAUGGACCUCACCACAACCGACUGCAUUGGACAAUGACACUGUCAGUAGGAACUUUGCUUGGAAGUCAUGGCUUGAUAGAGAAAAAGACACGACUGAAUUAGACAGUAAAACUCGCUCAUUAUUCACUUGA